CAAUUAUGCGGUCCCUCCCUGAGCGCAGACCUCGUGGUGAACUAUCUCUGGACUCGGCCAUAUUGAAAUAUUGAAUGUCUCUGUUACACAAGGGCUCAAGAGUAGCCGUGAAAUUUUCGCGUGAUCCUCGACGAAGAGAGGAUAAGAGACAUCAUGGAGUCCAUGUACAGCAUUAACGUUACCAACAAGUUCUUGGUACCGUUGUUGGCCGACGACGCGGAUCUGCACGAAAUAGUGCAGCAACGGGAACAAGAGAAGGAAGCUAAGAAAAAGGAGAAGCUCUCGGAGAAGGAGAAUAAGAGUAAGCAGCCGGACGCGCCAAAGAGUACCGGCAACAAAACGCAAAAAAGCCGCGUGAUUAAAGACACGCAGCAACCAGUGUCGAAAAUUCAAGAUCCAAAGAAAGAUCAAGGCGAUAAAAAGCCACCACAAUCGAGAGCUGGUGGAGGGGACCGCAAUGUUAAAUUCUCUGGGGAUAACAGGGAGGAACGUUAUAACAGACGUAAUCGUGAAGAGGGAGAGAGAACGCCUCGUCCUCAAGGGGAAAUCAGACGUGGACCUCCUGGCGAGGGCCGUGAAACACGAGAAUUCAGAAACUCUAAUGAUACUCAACGUGGUGAAUAUGGAGAGCGUAGGGGGCGAGGUGGAAUGCGUGGGAUGAGCCGUGGACGCGGUGGACCACGUGGUCGUGGAGGAUACGAUAAUCGUGGCAAACGUGAAUUUGAUCGUCAAUCAGGCUCCGAUAAAACCGGGAUUAAACCAGUGGAUAAGAAAGAUGGUGCUGGUAGCCAUAACUGGGGUACCCACAAUGAUGAAAUUGAAGAAAGUUUGAACCAAGAGAGUCAAGAUUGGCCUAACGAGAAACCCGAGGGAGAUGCUCCUCAAGCAUCCCCAGAGGUAAAAGAAGGGGAAACAAAUCCGGAUGCAACUGAAGAGAAGCCUGUCGAGGAGGAAUCUCGUGAAUUAACAUUGGACGAAUGGAAAGCUUUGCGUAAUAACAGAGCGAAGCCUCAAUACAAUUUACGCAAAGCCGGGGAAGGUGAAGAUAUGACUCAAUGGAAGAAAAUGUACGCACUCCAGAAGAAGAAGGAAGGUGCCGAUGACGAGGACGAUGAUGAAGAGGAAUAUGAUGCCGCUGCGGAAUAUCCUCAACGGGUUGGAAGACAGAAACGUGUAUUAGGUAUCGAGAUUCAAUUCAGUGAUUCUCGACGCGGUUCCGGUGGACGUGGCAGAGGACGAGGAGGCCGUGGAGAACGUGCCAAUGGUCGUGGAUUUGGAAAUCGCGGUGGAACUCCUAGAGAUGGAGAUACCCGUGGUGGUGGUGGCGGUGGUGGUCCUGUUUCGCAAACCGAGCAAAGGUCGCCCCGAGGUCGUCAAAAUGCUCCGAAAGUAGACGAUGAGAACGACUUCCCCUCAUUAGGAUAGGUGGUUUCGUUCGUUAUCCACACAGUAUCCCACCAUUUCCGCUACCAUCAGUACUACUAUCACAGAUAAAAUUACCAUUAUUACUAAAAAUAUUACUAUCAACAAUUUUGCAUCAGUGACAAGGUUAAAUGCAUAAUACAAUAUCCUCGACGCAAAAACAUUAUCCGUAUUAUCGUGAAUGCGUGAAUUUAUCUGGGCAACACAAGUGCCUGAUGCUUUUCAAGUAUUUAUGGUACUACUGAGAAGUUUCAUUGCGCCCAGGUACACCCUUGCAAAAUGAGAUACGUAAUUUAUAUAAAUAAAACGUGGCGCUUGAACGCGCUCUUACAUAUUGGCAGAUUGACGCAAACAUAAGGAAAAAAAAAAUGUCGCAUGAUAUGAAUACUUUAUAUCACGAUCCUUUUUUGUACUUGUAACACAGAUCGGUUUGUCCGUAACUAGUAUCCAGAGGCUAGUUAACAGAUGAACAGUAAAAAGAACGAGGCUGGAUAUUCAUGGACUUGUUAAUAAUCGUGAAUUUGAUCAACACUAGACUAAAAUGUAUGGAUGAAAGACUUUAAGCGGACCAGCAGGAAUGUAAUAUCAAAAGAUGAAUUCAUUUUACGAUGAUA